AUGCCGAAUCUAGAAGAACUUAUGAAGACGCCAGAGGAGUUUUACGACGAAAUUGACUAUGAGGUCAAUCGGAUGAUUGACAUCCAUCUGACACAAUCAGAGUGCGUGAUCACUGCGAAGAGGGCUCAGCGUCAACUUGAGGCUGAAUACAAUGCGAAUGUGAGAGAUUUAGAGGAUGAGAGGAGAGUAAGGAGGAGAUUGAAUGAUGCGGCGAGUGGAGACGUGCCUGAGAUCACCGUACAGUCUCCAUCUUCUGCAGACCAGUCGGAGGCCAAUCUGGUUCCCGAGGAAGAGACAACACAAGAGGAUGAGCCGGAUAUGGGUAUGCUCGGCUACCGUCCGACAGCAUCACACUUAAGCCCAGAUUCCGUCAUCGGCACAGAGUAA